UAUUGGAACAACGUAUUUUUGUAUGUAUAUUGGAGAUCGAACUAGGUCUGCGCCAAGGCACAUCUUUUAUGUCAAACAUUUUCUAAGCGUCUGGGGUUUUUCUUGGUUCUACCUAGAAAGUUCAUUGACAAUUAUCGUUUGGGUCGAACUGUUGUCCCUGACAAUGAUUGCAAUAAUCUGUGGAAGAAAAAUUUGGAAUUUCCAAUGUUGCAACAGGGCAUUAUGCACGAACUUCUCUUGGUGCUUUUCAUGAUACUCCAAAUGAGGAAGUUAAAUUAUAUAGAGCAAGAGACCCAUUAAAAGACCAAACUUACUUUUUGUCUUCUUUGACCCAAGAUCAAAUAAAAAAUAUAAUGUUCCCUAUUGGAUCUCUUUAUAAGAGUGAAGUUAAAGAAAUUGCUGAAACUGCUGGUCUUACGCCUUUUAUCACCAAAACUGAGUAUGGGAAUGUGCUUUAUUGGAAAAAAGAAGAAUUUUGAAGAAUUUCUAAUAAAUUAUAUUAGUCCAAUUGAAGGGAGAUUUUGUGAUAUUGAAACUGGUUCUAUAAUUCCAAAUGUAAUACACAGGGGUAUUCACAACUUUACUUUGGGAAAGAAAGUUAAUUUUAAUUGUAUCGAGGGCAACAAAAGUUCUUUACAAAAUAUUUCUUCGAGUGAUGCUCUUUAUGUAGCUGGCUGUGAUUUUCAAACACAAACUGUUUAUGUGUGUAAAGGAUGUUCGAAUCCAAAAUUAUAUGCAACAAGAAUAUUGGUUUCUAAAAUAAAUAUGAUUUCUGAUAAUUUUCAAAAAUUUCUACAAAAUCAACAUUCAACAGCUAGGGAUCCUUUAAGAAUUCUUAUUCAACGAACACAUUCUCCUAUUUUAUGUAAAGUGAAUUUUUCAUCAGAAAAACAACUACAAUAUUCUGAUUAUUUGGAAAUUGAGCCUCUCUAUCCAUUGAGAGCCCCUGGACCUGGUCAGAUAUGUGUUUUCUAUUUGGGAAAUGAAUGUUUGGGAUGUGCAGAAAUUGAAAGAAUAUUGGAAACACUCAAUUAA